CCGGCCGCCCGCCCCGCCCCACCGCCCGCCCCGCUCCGCGGAGCCUGCUCGGGCCGGCGGCGGCGGCGGCAGCAUGGGGCCGCCGGCGGAGGUGCGGGCGCGGCUGGAGCGCGCCGGGCAGGGUCACCUGCUGCGCUUCUGGCCGGAGCUGGGCCCGGCGCAGCGGCGCUCGCUGCUGGCGGCUCUGGAGCCCGGCCUGGGCGAGCACUGCCGGCUGGCGGCGGCGGCCUGCAGCCGGGAGCGGGGGCCGCUGGAGCGCCUGGACGGCCGGAUGGAGCCGCUCCCCGCCGAGCUGCUGGGCAGCGCCCGCCGCAGCGGCCCCGCCGCGCUGGAGCGCUGGGAGGCGGAAGGUUUCCACCAGAUCUCGCAGAACAAAGUGGCAGUGCUGCUCCUGGCCGGUGGGCAAGGGACUCGCCUGGGAGUGAGCUACCCUAAGGGCAUGUACGAUGUGGGGUUGCCUAGCGGCAAGACCUUGUAUCAGAUCCAGGCAGAAAGAAUCCAGAAAGUGGAGCAGCUCGCUGGCCAAAGAUACCACCGCAAGUGUACCAUCCCCUGGUACAUUAUGACAAGUGAGUUCACCUUGGGGCCGACAGAAGAGUUCUUUGCAGAACACGACUACUUCAACCUGGACAAGUCCAAUGUGAUCAUGUUUGAACAGAGGAUGCUGCCAGCUGUCACCUUUGAUGGGAAGGCCAUCUUAGAGGAGAAGGGGAAACUUGCGAUGGCUCCAGAUGGCAACGGUGGCUUAUAUCGUGCUUUGAUGGAUAAUAAGAUCUUGGAUGACAUGAAACAGCGUGGUAUCCAGUAUGUCCAUGUAUACUGUGUGGACAAUAUCCUCGUCAAAAUGGCAGAUCCAGUCUUCAUAGGCUUCUGUGUUUCCAAAGGGGCGGAUUGCGGUGCUAAGGUGGUGGAGAAGGCCUAUCCCACAGAGCCCGUUGGGGUAGUGUGCCUUGUGGAUGGAGUCUAUCAGGUGGUGGAGUACAGUGAGAUCAGCCUGGAGACCGCGCAGCAGCAAAGUCCUGACGGGAGGCUGAUGUACAGCACUGGCAAUAUCUGCAACCAUUUCUUCACGGUUGAUUUUCUGCAGACAGUGGCCCAGAAAUUUGAGCCCCAGCUGAAGCAUCACAUAGCCAUAAAGAAGGUGCCCUACAUUGACGAGGAGGGAAAUCUGGUAAAGCCGCUAAAACCGAACGGGAUAAAGCUGGAGAAGUUUGUGUUUGAUGUGUUCCAGUUCUCUAAGAAUUUCGUGGCAUUUGAAGUUUUGAGAGAAGAGGAGUUCUCGCCAUUAAAAAAUGCAGACACAGCUGACAAAGACACUCCUACCACUGUUCGGCAAUCCCUCCUGGCCCAGCAUUACCGCUGGGCUCUCAAGGCUGGGGCCAAAUUUGUGGAUGAAAAUGGUUGCAGGAUACCAGAGAAACUCAGUCUCUCAGGAACUGAAGAACCUCCUGCUGUGUGUGAGAUUUCUCCAUUAGUGUCUUACUUUGGAGAGGGUCUGGAGGUGUACAUGAAGAACAAAGACUUCUGUUCUCCAUUUAUACUCGAUGAAAACAAAGCGGAAAUGCUAAGAAAUUCUUGAAGAGGAGGGAGGACUUUUCCCCCUCAAAUCUGAUGUAUAUCCAUUAUGAGAACCGACAUUCUCAUGAUGACAUAAAAUGACAUCUAUUAAGUGUGCUAUGAGAAAUUGCUUUGCGUUAUUGGAUGGAUGCAAAAUCCUUGUAGCAGCCGUGUUUACACACGCUUGUAUCCACUCCAGUUCUGUUCGGUAACUUUGAAGGCUAUGCCUUUUUACUUCAAUAUGUUUUGUUGACUUAGAUAUAAAUGAAGAUUAAAACCUUCCAGAUACCAAACAGAUUUUAUAUUUCUUUUUUGUUGCACGUACAAAUAUGUAAAUCAGCCAAUCAGGACCUAAUCAAUCUGCUUUGCAUUCAAGAGGAUUAAAUCUCUGCAGUGCCUUGCUAGGUAUCUUCUUUGUGCUGUUGUUUUUUUUUCUUUUUUUGACGGUGUGAGCAUAGAUGAAGCAGGAUCAGUGUGAGGCCCCACCCUGAAAAGUGUUGAAUGACUUUGUGCAUAGGGGCAUUUCUGCCCACAGAUCUGUCUCUUCCCUAAUCCUGUGCAGGUUAGAAGAUCCAAUUCAGCAGUUACAUUCUCUAACCCAGUUGUUCAGAGGAGUUUGAUGUAGGUAGGGAUGCUGCUAUACAAAGUGUUGCUUGAGAUAUGGACUCUAAAGCAGGACAGACAGGUUUGCACUGCUAAGCUUGGUGGCAGCAUUCCAAGAGCACAGAAGUAAAUAUGCAGCCUAGAGGGAUUGCUCUUUACAGCUGUAAUGUUUAUUUUAAAACAGGAUGAUAAGAAAUAUUUUCACAGCAACCCUCUGCUUUUCCAGUCUUAUGACAAAAAAUAAUUUUGCUUUUCAUUUUUUUCUUUACUAUAUAUUGUAUCCCUAACAGGGGGACUCUUUAUAAGUGCCUGAAAGUAGUAAGAGGAACAAAUCCUGGUGGUAAAAUUUAAUGCUUAACCAAAAGCAAAAAAAAAAAAAAAAAAAGACUUAAUCCCAGCAUAAGCAAUGUAAAUGGUCAAACACCAGCCUCUGCCUUUAUAAUUUCUGGGCAGGUAGUUUUCCAGCACUCUUUCACCUAUGUAAAAUAGUUCUUUAGAUGCCUUCCUUUUAAAAGAUUUUACUAAUCAUAACAUAAAGAUAAGUAUCAGAUAACUGAGGAUGCUAAUUGUCAGAACAUAUGUAGCAAAUGAACUCUACCCUGGCUGAGGGAUCCCAGGAUAGCCAUGGGAUGAUUCAAAAAUUGAUUCUUCACAUCAGGUCUUAGGACACUGCCUCUGGUAGACUUGUCAUGUGGGUAGCUGCUGCUACAGAACCUGUGCUGAACAUCAUUUCAUGAGCUUACAAAAACAAAAGGUGAUCUGAUCUGUAUCCCUCAGUGAAGACUCUUCAGGUGCAUUGCUGGAUGGAAUUUGGUUGAUGAGCAUACUGUACUCUUUCCCUAAAAUCAGGCAUUAAGGAAGGUGGUGAGGAAGCUGCCUCAUCUGAAUAGUUGUAUUUCAUGCAUCUGCUUCUGCUAAGAAAUUGCUGUUGCUAUUACGAGGUAUAAAUAUUUUAAAUAACUUGUGGCUUUCUGAAAUUCUCGAUGUGAAGCCACAUUCAGCCUGUUAGUGAAGUUUAAAAAUAGCUUUGAAAGUAAUUAUAACUUGUAAGUAGGCUCAAGUUUUCUAAAGAAAGUAUCUAAAUGUCAAUGGCAGAAUUUUCAAGUAUAAGCUGUAUCUGCAUAUAUACAAGUAAAUAGCCUUUUGCACCUGCAGAUCAGCUAAUUACAGUUCUGAUUACCUCAUUCUGCAUGUGCAACCAGUAAGUCUAACUUUUAGUUUAAGCAUUUAAGCAAGUUUAAAUUAAGCAAUUUGCCUUUGACACUCAGUUCUGUAGUUUCUGUUGCACAAUCUUACUAUGGUCAUUCCAUUCCUGUCAGUCAAGUUUUACAUCUGAGAACAAAUUGCAUUGUAUCUUUGUUACUAUUGCUUGUCAACUCAGGCACACGAUUGUUUUAAAUUACACUGUGCUAUAAAGAAAGUAUAUUUCUUCUGCCCUUUCUAAAAUGCUUUCUCUUUUGAGAUUGAAUUACAGUACAGCCCUGUGUGCUUUAAUCAUGUGAACACUGAGCUGCUGACGUGAUUUUUAGAGGCUGUUUUCAAGGAGGAGCUGAAUUAGAAUGCUGAAUGUCCUUUGUGUUUUUUUUCUUUUUAAAUGAUUCCUCACAUUUUAAACUGGAAUUUUAAAUUUUUUUUUGAGGGAACUGAAAAUAAAAAAUGUCAUGUAUGUAAUAAAAUAAUUCUAGCAUGCAUUGUGAAAAGAAGAAAAAGUGUCUGAAACAAAGGGAGGUCCCAUAGUAUUCCAGAAACUUUUGGAGACUUAAGCAUUUUUAUAAUAAAGAUAUUACUGUGAUUUCUAUAA